AUGGCUCCCCCAAACCCCCCUUUCCCGGCCUACCAGCGUCGUCAGGCCGCAUCAUCCGCUUCGGCCGUGACCCCCUCAGCAACAGUAUCAGGGGCUCUUCCGGGCACGUCCGCCCCUCCCAAUAACCUGGAAUGCGGGAUGGCAUGUAUCCGCUUGGGCGAUACGUCCGACUGCGAUGACGAUCAGACACAGGCGUGCCUCUGCAAGUCUGGGAAAUACGCUUUAUCGGUCAACUCAUGCCUGUCCUCACGGUGCACCCCUGCGGACGCCAAGGCUGGCUCUGACUACAGCUACGGCGCAUGUCUCUUCCUCGGCGUGAACGUGUCCACGGUCGCCAUACCCUCCGCUACGGCCAGUAUCGACCCCUCCACCCCACCCGUCGUCUACGCACAGACCUUUGUCAAUGUCCAAGCCAUCAUGUCAUCCAUCUGCGCCGCCCUCCUGUUCCUCUCCCUCGUCCUCGGCUUCUUUGCCUGUCGCAGCCGGGCCCGCAUCGAAUCCCAAUCGCAACAGGGCUCAUGGACCAACAUGGCCACUCAGGCCUCUCGGACCGGACACGGCGGCGGCAAAUCCUUCGGCGGCGUCUCGCGCGGAAACAACCACGGUCUCAACUCAGGAUUCGACCCUACCGCCACGUUUGCAUCUGCUUCGUACCCCCUCCCGAACAAGCGAGGGACAGGGACCGGUGCCGGUCUUGGUUUGGCAUCUGGCAUGGAGCGAUCAAGGGGCUUCACGAACCGCCUGACCCUGGACGAGGCGGAUGAGGAGUGGGAGAUGGGCGACAAGUCGACCCGUAAGAGAGGAGAAGAAUCGGGAUCGGGUAGCGCCUCGUCCUUUGUCAGUUCGAGCGGCAAGGAGGAGAUGGACCUCAAGGCGAAAGAUGGAGAGAUCUCGCCGGUCACGUUUACGACGGAGGGGCAGGGGAGGAGUCGGGCGGGCAGCGAGGUCGAGCUCGAGGGGAGCACGAUACAUCUCGCGAGGUUGGAUAGGGGGGCGGGAGGGCGAGGGGCGGGUGGGUUCGGGAGGAUUUAG